AUAUUCUUUUAUUGAGACGUUGUUUCGGAAUUGCUAGUAAAAAAAAUAAAACGUCAAUUUUGAUUUUGAGAUUUUGAUUUACAAAAAUUUUAAAUUAAAUAUACGUUAAUUGAUCUUGGACGAGUACCGUUUCAAAUAUUUUACCGCUUAAGCCAAUAUGAAUAAAUUAGAUCAAACUUUAGAUGAUGUUCAAAACACACGCUUCGACAAUACCUACCAUGACUUUUUGGCGUAUAUGGUUAAACAAAGUGUGUUUACAUCCAUGGAAGUAAAGUGCAUUCUUUUGGUUUAUCAUAAAUACGUACUCGCCAAUGGACCCAAAGCAAAAAAUAUGACUAGAAAACAAUUCUUUCAUCUAUUUUUAGUUCUUUUCCAUAUUUAUGAUUUGCAGAUUAUCGAACGGAUCCUUUUACAUCUGACAUCGGAGCAAAUUAAAGAUGUGGAUCCAAUAGCGUUUGUUAAAUUGUUUUCAGUUUUUAUGACUGAUAAAUUAGAACAUAGGAUGAGAUUUGCAUUUCAGAUAUAUAAUGUACAGGGUACUGGCUAUCUGAAUCGUGAAGUCGUUACACAAGCUGUUGAAAAAUUUUUCAUUGGUGACGACGAAGAUGAAAUCAAUGAACUACGUUCGGAUAUGGUUGAAUUAUUAUUUCAAAAAUUUGAUGUGGAUAAGGAUGGUGUCAUAUCUUAUGAAGAUUAUUCUAGCGUAGUUUCAAAGCAACCUUUGCUAGUGUGCUUCCUUGGCGAGUGCUUGCCUUCAGCUGGUAUACAGCAAAGUAUUGCAGUUUGUGCCAAUGUUAUAUCCAAGGUCAGUAACGAUCUUAAAAAUCCACAUGUAAAUAUAGAGGAAACAGUACGUAAACCUAGUACAUCUGCUGGUUUAUCUGGGUUAAAUAAUCUCAAAACCAAGAAGUAAUCAACGAAAAUUAUUUAUGUUAACGUUAAUGAUGGAAUUAUUUUGGUUGAGAUAUUUAGUAAAAAAUUCAAUUAAAUUGUAUAACUGUAA